CCUUGCGUGCCACAUCAUAGUUUUCAAAAUGGCCGCGGUGCCAUGUCACCGUUGUUGUGUUGGUGAAAAUUUAUCAUCGUAAGGUUAACUAACGCGUGAAUAUUGAAAUGAAAUGGAACAAAUGUGGAAAGCUUUUUUAUGGCUGCAGUUUUGUUAAAUACUUACUAGGCAUGACUUCGGCAAGCUUCGUAUUUUUUGGUUAGCUUUGCUUGGUUUUCGAGUUAUUCACAUCCGAUUUUCUUUCAAAGGAUCUUGGAUUCUAUGAGUCCAGGAAGAAACAGCGGCACAGAAGUUUUGCAUAAAAUAUUUCCAAAAGGAUAAGAUAAAAAUUCCUCAACAUGUCAUGGCUCAAUCUUUCCAACAACCUCAGCAAUCUUUCAGGAAACUUUUCGACAAUUACAGGACAAAUUUCUAACUUUACUCGAGAGGUUUUGACAGAAGGCACCGAAGAGGCCUACGAUCAAGAAACAGAAUUAAAAUUGGCCCACAUAAAGAUAAAAGAUUUAGAGAGUGUUUUGCAAAAGCAAAAGGAUGAGGUUGAGAGAGUAAGUGUUCUUAAUGAAGAGCUUCAUGAUCGCUCUGUCUCAGCUGAACUUCAAAUACAGGCACUAUCAGAUGAAUACAGGGCUGUUAUAGAACAAAAAGAGAGUGAAAUAAAAAGACUGAAAUCUUCACAAGUCGAUUUAAGACAUGGGAUCAUUGCAUCCCAAAAAGAUGACUCAUUUGCCAGAGAUGGAAUGGAAUUUGAGGAUCCAGAGUUUUUUCAAAUGACUCUCAAUAAAUUGAAAAAAGAGCUUGACGAGGUGAAAAAAGAAUGUCGCCAUUGGAAAGAAGCUGCCAAAAGUCAGGAUAACCAGGCAGAACUGCAACAACUGAAAGACCAUCAUCAAGAGGAAAUAGCAAGCUUGCAGAGCACAUAUUCAAAACGUAUUGCUCAAAUGAAUAAGAAUCAUCAAGCUGAAUUAGAGGAUCUGGUUAAUGAAAACGAGAGUCUGCUGAGUGAAAUAAAAGAAUAUGAGCGAAAAACCGCUUCAGCUGGUACAAAUAUAGAGAAACCUGCUGCAAGUAAAGUAAACGACAAAGUGACGGAGGAUAAAUACAAAACGCUUUCCUUAGAUUAUGAAAUUAAAAGGAAGCAAGUGGAAAAUUUGCAGAAUCAAAUCGUCGAAGAAAAGCGGGUAAGAAAAAUUGUGGAGGAGGAGAAAUUGUCGUUAAAGGAGGAAGUCAAAAGGGGAAAUGAGAAGAUCAUUGAUUUAGAAGGCGAGGUAGAAACGUUAUCAGCAAAUAUUGGCGAAAGAGAAAAGAUUGUUUCAUUUGAUAGAAGUGAUAAAGAGCAGCUGGAAGAGCUAGACAGCAUGUGGAGAAAGAAGUUUGAUAGUUUAAUGCAAAAUUUAAAUGAAAUAAGAGAUGAAAAUGUUGCAGUAUCUUUAGAAUUGUGUCAAAAAGAAGAAAAGUUCAGCCAAUUAAAAACUGAAAACGAUGAAAUCAUUCUUAAAAUGGAAAGCCUGAGAACAGAAAAGGAGAAGCUUGUAGCAGAGAAUGAAGACCUUAACGAUAAUAUCAAAGAGUUAGACGAGUUAAAAAGUGAUAUAUUGCGGCUAGGAAACUGUACGUCAGAUUUAUUGGAGGAGCUAGAGUUUCAGAAAAGUUUAUCAGAAGAACAGAUUUUGGAAAUUGAAAGUUUAAGGAAGAUUUGUACAAUAAAAGGAAACCCAGCCGAGGAGAUAAAGAAAAUGCAAAAAUCUUUGAAAGAGCUUGGCCGAAGAUACGUGGAGCUGUAUCAGCAUCAUCAGAAGGUCAGCCUCGAAUUGAGAAAAUCUAAUGAAAGAUUACGGGCUGAACAACAGCUCAGACAUGCAUCAGCUUUUCAGUUGCGGAAUGAAAUUUCAAAAGUACAGAAGAAGCUUGAACAGACUGUCGACCAAAAACUCGAUUCAAACCGUUCAGAGUCAGGUAGAAUUAAUUCUCAGUUGUCAAGUUUAGAUGAGCAAAUAGAUCGUCGUAUACAAAUUGUUUCUGAGUUACAGUUAGAUGCUGAUUACGUUGCAGACGAGGUCGCCCACGCAGUGUCAGAGCUUGGUCGCAAAAAUAACAGAGACGAUACUUCAAGAAAUGUUAACUCACAGAGUGACACCAUUGAAGCGCUAGUAGCAGAAAAGUCUAUACUAGAACGAACCAUUGAAGGUCUUGAGCGGAAGGUCAGCUCUCUUGAAGCGCAGGUUGCAAUACAGCAUGAAGAUACAAGCACGAUAGAUGGAACUGUGAGUCCAUCGAGAACGUCUGAUAAUAGCCCACGUGAUUCAGAUGUUGAGCCUGAGCGGAAGAUGCGAAAGAUAGAUUUUGAUAGCGUUGAUCAUGGUAAUGCAGACAUGAAGGCAGCUGCUAAAAUGCUCAAGCCAUUUGCAGUUGCAGAUUCUACAGCUGAUGGGUAUUUCUUUGACGAAGAACAGCCGCAAGAUAGUAAAGCCUGGGCACCAAAGGAGCCUGAGGAGCUAAGCCGCGAGCAAAAGAUGAUAAAUAAGCUAGAGGAGAAGCUUCUUCUUAAGGAGAAAGAGUUAAAUGAAAUUAAUGUUAUCAAAAAUGACCUAGAGUUUGAAAAGGGCACUUUGGAGAAAGUUGUAAUGGAUCUGCAGAAGAAAUUGAAAUUGAAAUUGAAGGUUGGUGAAAAGGAAUCCAGCUUUGUUGACGUUUACGACCAAGAAUCGGAAACCGAUCUCAGUUCUCUAGACUGGGAUAACCUAGUGGAAGCUAAGGAAGAUCGUAAAGCUCUGAUUGAAGAACUAGAUCGUUUGAAAAGAGACUUUCAGGGUGUAACAAAUGACAUUAGUGGAAUGAUUACCUUUCUAAAGCAACGCCCUGAAGUUAGGCUAGAUGUUCCUAAUGUUGAUGAUACCAAUAAAGGGGAAAAAGCAUCUGAAGAAUUGGGCUUGUUGCUUCAUUCGUAUGUCAACAAGGCUUCAAAUGAAAUUUUUAGACGGCAAGAAACUGUUAACAGUUUGCAAGCCACGGUUCACGAACGUGAGCAAGAGCUCCAACAUUCCGCGGAGGAGAUAAGCCGUAUAACAACCAAGUUCCAAGAUUCGGCAACUUCAUUGUCAAGAGUAAGACAACAGUCAUUAGAUAUUGUAAGAUUUCUCACAGAUGCAAAUAAUGAAAAGGAUGGCAAAAGCGAUGUUGUAGAAGACGAAGGCCAAACAUGCGAAGACAUUCUCACAAAGGUGCGUCUUGUUGUUGAAGAUGUUGUCAUGGAGAAUAUAAGUGAAACUGAUGCUGAUAAAUGGCGUAUGAAACUUGACAAAGUGCUGGCAGAGAAAGAUGUUCUUAUGCAGGAUUUGUCAGAUUUGAGAAACCAGUUGCGGAUUUGGAAAGAGAAGCACAGAGAUGUUGUUGAUGAAAACACUUCACUUCUAGAAACCGUUGAUUUGCUUAGACAAGACCUUGAGCUGAUGAGCCAAGGCCAAACAGCGCUGACAGCAGAACGAGAGCAACUGCAAACGGAACUGGAUAAGCUGCAGUUUCAAAUAGACACGAAUGAAACCGACGAUAGCAAGGAAAUCGGUGAAUUGAAAAUGCAACUUGAUGACUUGAAAAUAGAGAAAGAAAGGAUCAUGAGAAUGGUAAACGACAGAGAUGACUUUAUCGUUGAACAGCAAGAGAAACACGACAGUCUUGUUUACCAGCUUGUUGAAGAAAAAGAUCUAGACUUGCAGGAAAUACAGGGACAGCUAGAGCAGACAAUGAGUCUUUUUAAAGGAAAGCAGGAGGAAUGCGCACAACUAACUGCACGUCUUGCAUCUCUGGAGGAGGAGAAUUCUUUGAUGAAUGAAACAAAUGCUGACAUGGAAAAAGAUUUGAACAAUGUUUUAAUGAAGGUUGAAAAGUUAGAGCGUGAGAUAAAUGAUAAAACGCGAAAGGAAAUUGAAACUAAAGUUAUGAUAAAGAAUCUGGAAGAGGAAGACGAAGAGUUACGAGAAAAAGAGAUGAUCGAAGAAGACCUGAUGCGCGAGCAAGAGAUAUUGAUUCAAGAUUUGAGGAAUGAAAAUGAAUAUCUUCGUGAUGAAUUAAAUGCAAAAGAACUAUUGCUGCAGAAGAAGAAGCGCGUUGAAGAUGCGGUUGGAAAAACUCAUCCCAAAGAAGAUGUUAGCAAGAUGUGGAAGGAAGAUAAUGCAGAUAGUAAGUCAAGCUCUGAGAAAGUAGCAGUUGAAAAUAGCAAAGUAGUUGAGGAUCUUAGAAAAGAAAAUGUUGACCUUGCAGAAAGUAACAAAGAACUUCAUAAUGAAAUCGCUUCUUGCAGAGCUUCAAUUGAGACACUAGAGCGAAGGAUUUUUGAAAUCGAAGGAAAGAAAUCUACUAGAGCGUCCCCUUCUAUCGAACAAAGAUUUGAUCGAGUCAAUGAAAGUGAUGAAAAUAAAGAAUUAAGUAGUUCGCAAGAUAGGGAGCUAGUAGCCUUAAAAGAAAACUCUACUAUUAAUGUUGAAACAAGGUUGAAUAUAGAAGAACCAAUUGUGUCAGAAACUGUUUCAAUGAUGGAAACUGAAAGUGUCAAUGAAGAAGAGAAACGCCUUGUAGAAGACUAUAUCAAAUCACAAGAAAGGGUCAGAGAACUUGAGGUAGAGGUAGAAACAUACAAAAGGUUUGAAAUGGUUGUGGAUGAAAAGGAGAUUGAGGUUGAGAGGCUGAAGUCAGAGCUUGCAAGAAUGAUGCAAGUUUUACGCUCCAAGGAUGAGCUGCUUUUAAAUUUGCAGAUGAUGGAAGAACAGGGGAGCUCAGAUUCGCCAUUCUCAUCACGUGCAAGGGUUAUUCAAUAUAUUCGGGAUAAGGAAACGGAAGUUGAAAAUGUGCUGGAAAAAUGUCGAACUCUCGAGGAGCUUGCAAAACAUCACAGUAGCCAGUUAGAGCUAUUGAAGGUUGAACGACAAAAUCUUGUUAUUUUCAUGAGGCAGAAAGAAGAAGAAGUUGUCGAUUUGAAUGAGAGGCUUGAAAAUGUACAAGCGAGGUCUGUUGCCAAGGAACAUGCGUCAAAUGUAUUACAUUCUGAACACCAGAAACUGAUGGAAUUAAACAAAUCCCAGGGAGGUGAAAUAGCGAGGCUGCGAGAAAGGAACCAAUACUUGCAGAAUGUUCUUCAGGAUAAGCAGCAUCAAACAAAUAUCGAUAGAAGUAUAAGCGAACGCAAUCAAGAGCUUGAAAUCCAGAUUGCAGCUUUUCAGCAAGAACAAGAGAGGCUUCUAACUUUAAUACAUGAAAAAGAUAACUGCAAUUUUGAUUUGCGAAAAAAGAUUGAACUAUUUGAAUCGAAAGAUGAACUUGUAAAAAAACAUCCGAAUAUGAGUGAAAAGGUAGUCGAAAAAGAUUCACAGACAUUGAAUGGAAAGUACGAUAGAGUUGAGAAAACAACAAGUAUGCAACUGGAAAAUGAUAGGAAUGAUCAAAUGAAUAGCCUUUGCGAAGAUCAUCAUAACUGUGAACUUAAAAUUGAUGGUUUAACUGAAAAAUUAAAUAAAAUGAGUGAAACGAACUCGAAAUUGUUAAAUGAUAACGACGAGCUUAAGCAAAAAUUAGAUUUGUAUGAGAAUGAAAAGAGUAAAAUUCGAACUCAAAUGGAAAGUGAAAGUCGAGAAAAGUCAAUCAGGAUAAGGGAGCUGGAAAUGAAUCUGAAAGAACUAGAGAAACGAAUCGAUGAAAUGACUCGCAAUUUUGAAUUGGAGCGUUCUAGGUUUUCCCAUAACUUUGAAACGCGGUCCCUGUUGAUGACUCAAGAAUGGGAAGAAAAAAUGCGAUUAAAAGAUGAGAAAAUAAAAUCACUUAUGGAAAAAAUUGAACUGCUGCAAAGUGUGCAGGACCACGUAGAUAAAUCAGGAACAAAAAAUAUGGGCGAGUCUGAAAUAUUGAAAGUAGAAAAUAAGAAACUCCGUUCACUUUAUGAGGAUAAGAAAAACGAGUUACUAGUUUUGCAGGGCGAUAUUCAUAAACUGAAAAAUAUCUCGGCAGCAAGAGAUGCAGCUUUGAAUAAAAUGCAGAAUGAUAAUAAAUAUCUUAUUGAAGAAGGAAAUAAGAAAGAUAGCAUAAUCGAGGACUUGCAAAAGACCAGAACAACUUGUGAUCAGAGAAUACAAGAACUGGAGACUGAGGUACACCGGUUGGUUAUUAAAUGCAGAGAAACAGAAGCUAAAGCAGCAAAGGAUAUGGAACGACUGAGGAACCAUUUAAUAGAGAUUGAAGAAGGAUACACGAACGAGGCUGUUGCAGCACAGGAGCGAGAACAGAAACUUGGGAAGAGGCUACAAGAACUUCAAGAUAGGUAUCAAACGAAAAGCUCAGAAUUUAAGGAAACGAGCAAUCAGUCAAAUUUCCAAAUCCAGAAUCUUCAGCAACAAUUAUUUGCAGUGGCAAGUCAAAGAGAUAACGCCGUUUCAAGAUUAGCAGAGGUGCAGGAAAGAUCGCGACAAACAGAGAAUGCGCUAAACAAUUUGCAAUUAGUACUUGAAAGACUACAAAGAGAAAAAGAUUCUCAAUACGAAAUGCUAGAAGAGGAAUCGAGUAAAAAGCUUAUCAAUGCCAGCAGAGAGAUAAAAGAUCUAAAGAAAAAGACUGAAUCGUAUCAGGCACGAAUCCAGGAGGCUACUCUAGCUGUUCAGGGUGUUGCAAAUCUCACAAAGGAUGUUGAGGCGAAACAAAAUGUAAUAUCCAGCUUGCAAAGGGAAGCUCGUGCACUUCAGGAAGAUCUUGAUGCAAAAACUGAGAUGAUUAAACAGCUUAAAGAUUCUACCGAAGGAAAAAUUGAAAAGCCUCUUAUGAAAAAUCUGUUAAUGGGAUACUUCCAUACCCCCGAGAAUAAACGGCCAGAGGUGGUCCGGAUUUUAGGUAACUUGAUUGGCUUCUCUCAAGACGAAAUCAAUGAGGUGGGAAGUGGUGCGCCUCCAGUGCAACGCACCUGGGUGUCAUCUUUCAUGCCUUUUACUGCCACCCAAAAGGUACCCCAACGACCUGUUCAACGGACAAAUUCUAAUGCUGCUGCUUCCUUGACAAAGUCAUUCACCGAGAUGUUUGUUAGUUUCUUGGAAGAGGAAUCGUCUGGCGCCAACCGUCGCCCGACAACCAAUCAACUUACAGCUUUACUGAUGGAAUCUCCAAAAUCAUCCUCAACGCCAUUCAGUACCAGAUCAGACACAGGCCAAAAGACGGAAUUCUUUGCGCCAUCAAUGUCUGUUUCAAAUCCACUUCUUGUAACUCCUCAAGAUGCCAAAGAUUUGCAUAAUAAGGCGUUCAAAACGAGUCUGCCUCUUUUGAAAACCGAUAUAUCUGCGGCAUCGACGCCAUUGUUCCCCGCUCCUGGACAAGAAAUACCGAGAGUGCAUACAUCCACUGCCAAUUCUGCAUUGCGAACGAUGCUUGCAAAGUAGGCAUCAUCUAAACUUUAGGGAAGGAUUCUCAACAAAUUUUUUAUCAAUUUAUAUGGGUUUUGGUAGCUGGGCUACAAGCGAUUUUUGGGUAUUACUGAAAUUUACUAAACUUGCUUUAUAUAGGGUACAAUUAGCAAGAAAUUCACUUUCAAAGUCAAAAUAAAAAUGAAGAUUCAAAAUUAUGAGUUACUGGCCUAAAUAAUUGACUACCUUUCGCAAUUUUUUGAGACAGGGGCAUUCACUUUGACAUGAUUUUGAAUUGGAUAUAUUCUGCUAUCCAGAUGUUGCGAUGAUAACGUCCCUGAGAAGUUUUGACGUUUAAAUUAUAGAUGGGAAAUUUCCCUUUAACAUAACUGUUUGCUGUUAUAUAGAGAUAAUUUGACUAUUCUUAAAACAAAGUAUUUGAAUGAAAUUGAAGUAGAGUUUUUUGAAACUAUGUUUGAUCCAACAACCAGAAGAUUACUUUGUCUUGGUUGAAUCCUUGAAGUGAAAACCGAUUGCGGCUUGACCGAAAACCAGUCUAUUGUACAUGAUAUUUAAGGCAAGUCCCCUUAGACUAUGAAGGAAGUGUUUAAAGCUUCCUUUCGUAGUUUGAAAAUUUUCUAGUCUUUUGAAAUGUUGUAUAACGUUUACAUUUGAGUGGUCUCAUUGAGAUAUCUCUUUCUCUUCAUUUAUGUUUAUAAACUCCCCACCUUCCAAGUCGUCGUGAUCAGAAAGGUGCCCUGCGGUACGAAGAACUUAAAAUCUUCAGAAAAACUAAAUGUCAGUUAAACGCAUUUAUUAUGAAUGUCCUGUAUCGAAGCCUGCCAACGCUCUGCUUCUCUAGAAACUUGCUUUUGUCGAGUUAUCAACCAAAGCGAAGCCCAAGGAGAGGUAAUUUAGUGAAGUUAAAUUCGAACUUUGAAGGUGGCCAUUAAGUCGACCUGUGGUAACAACAUUUUUACUUAAUUGAACUAUUUUCUGUUCGUCUAGCUGUCUCACCAUAGUUAAUUGAAAAAGCUUUUUAACAAAGCAAUUGUGUCUUAACGACUCGAUAUUUAAAAAAUCAAAAGCUGAGAAAACGUUGCUUUUUGAAAGAAUGUACUAGUCACUCCACAUUAGAAAGGUAUCGAAAGCGAAAGACCCGUAAUUGCUCUUAUAACUUGAGUUUUAAACAGAUUUGCCUGUCGAAUUAAGAAAGGGAAUGCUUUCGAAACCAAAAAGAGAUUUUAAAAUAUCUAACUUUUUUUUAAAAUUGCUUCUAGCGAGUUGCUUUAAAACUACUUCCAAAACUACCUCAUAUAGUUUAAAAUAUAUUCUAAAAUUUCCUCUUGAAAUGUAUGAUUGAUGUGUAAAAGUAGCAGCAAGAACGAUUAAAAAUUAAACAAAGACAUACGCUGAUAAAGGGCAAUAGUUUUAACCGUGUCUUGUUAUCAAAGAAUAGUUUUUGUGAGCAAAUAAGAACCCAUUUCGGGGCCAUUAGCACCUUGCAAAUGUGCGAAGAGUGUUUGUGAUUAGAUUUCAUUCAAUAAAUGUGUUGUUUCGAUGACAAGAAAAGAGGCUCAGCAAGUAAAGUGACAAAAUGAUUUCGCCCUAAGCGAGUUUCACGUUCCACGUUCCAUGCGCCCACACGUGUUCCAUUAUAACGCAGUUCUCGGCUCGUAGCGCCCUGAAUACAAGUGAGAAUUUUUUUUCGCAGAGGCAUUAUACAUGGCUUUGAGAAACACAACAGUGAGCAGCUGGUAACAUCUGGUAAUGAAAGAGUAAUUUACGGACCUGAUUUCAGGACCGUGUUAGAAAGCACACUUCUAGUCACUACUUUCUUGUCACCAGCAUGGCAUUUAAGAAAUUUCCCUCAUCCGUUUCCGUGGUUACAACUGAAAGGACAGAGAGUUAGCGGGACAAAAGCAGUGGCCCUGCUUUCAAAGGAAGUCGUGUAGAAUCUAAGGCCGAUUAUAAGAGGUCCACGUUUUGUUUUUAAUGUGAGCAUACACAUCUUUGCUCAAUCAAUUAUCGGUUGGGUUGAAGUUACAUGCUGGUACAUUAAGCAAAGCAAGCGGCACUUCCUAUGAGGUAAUCUUUAUAACAAAGCGAGCAUAGUUUUACAAAGGGCGCAUUAUCUGCAGACCUUUCAUAGACCUCCCUUUUGUGUACAGCCUUAAUGGAAUUGAGGCUACUGUACCAACUACAGUAAUGUUUUGUAGGAGCAAAUAAAAUUACAACAAUCAAACGGGGAUGAAUUUUUUGAGGAUUUGUGGAGCUACAAAAAUCGCAAGGUAAAGCAAACAGUAAGGGCUCCCUUGAGGGCAUGCAAAUCAAGUAGUUUCCCUAAGUAUUUUUAGAAUAAUUUCAAGAUUUGUUGACUCUGCUUCCAGGAUACUGCUGUUAACCGUAAUCGUGACACAGUCUCAGAACAUUCUCGCAUAUAGACUAGGAAAAGUAAGCGUACCAGCGCAAGUCAUAACGAUGUUGGUAGAGUCAUUUUCUCUCGAAAGAAUUAAGAGGAUUUGGGGACUUCUUAUACCUCCAGACAAUAUGCAUAACGAGAUGAAGUUCAAUUAUCUUUCCUCGCUGUGUGUGUAUUGCAUCAAGAAAAGUCAGAUUAGGCGGUGUGACAUCAAAAUACAACACAUUUCUUUUCGAGAACAACACGUGGAUAGAACACAUGUCAUUUUUCUUUGAGAAGCGACAAAAUCAAAGGCCCAGUCAAAGACACCUGGUCCUGAACAAUGUCUGUAUACGGUUACCAUAAUGCCCAAGGCAAACAUUUUGCUGAGAUUAAGAUAAUAAUCAACCUAUUUAUCGCUGCUUGUUACUACCACCGAUCAGGGGUUACUGCAUCCUUUUUUCUUGUUUUUUGUGAUCGCCUCACCAUCCCGCUGCUCGGUUUAGCUGUAAAUUAAAUCACGGAAGCACCCCUAUCUUCAAUUGGUGUGGUUUGAGCACGAUACCCCUAGGGAUAAAAGCAAGGUGACCGUUGGCGUGCUGAAGGCUUAAACCACAUUCAAAGCUGCCCUUCAUGUGGGCCGAGUAUAGGGACAUCUUUUUUCUAGAUCCGUAAAAGCUGACAAAAAUAAUGUUGACAACAGGGUGUGUCCAAUUUGGGCGAGGCUUGUCAAGGUUUUAAAAGUGGUCUCAGACGGUUUUUUAUCUGAAACAUUUUUGAACAGUUUUUUUUUCAAUUUGACUGCCUUAGAAAGUAAUGAAAUCUUUUCUCCGAUCUCGUUCUGAUAAGAUGUCUUUCGAUAGCAAAAAUGUAAUUUGUUAUCAACCUUACAAAAUAUAAAAAUUGGGAGGCACUGGCACCCCAACUCCCCCCAUAACACCCUUUUUAAGAACACAAAAAACUUUCACGACACAAAAAGUCAGGGGCCUCGAGAACCAUGAAAUAGUCAAAGCUAAAAUCCUGAUGAUCAUUUUUGAAGAAGAGCCAUUUUUGAAAUAUUGUCAAUAUUGGCAACAAAAACAUUAAGUCAUAUUCCGUUCAAAUUUUCAUAUUCCGUUAAAUAUGCUAUUUAUCGUGGACUAAAACAAUGUAUUGUAGAAACUGGCAUAUCAUGAUGGAGGCUUAUUAUUCACGGGUGACUUCUUACUAAUUUUCUCUUCCAGGAUAGGGGUUAUUCGAUGGGGGUAUGCACGAGGGUGGCAAUUUUGAUGACUUACGGCAUCUUACGCUGUGAAGCAAAGUCCUAGUUACGUUUCAUUUGUGAUACAGCUCUCAUGAGCAUCAACCUCAAUCCCUCUACAAAAGUAAUGUUGAGUUUUGCCGAUGCUUGACUGUUAGCAAGAUGAAAUUAGGGUACUGCUUCAAGAAUCGCUUGGCGGGGAGCAUUGCCACCCAAACAAGCCUCCAACCAAAUAAUGCAUAUUGCUAGAUAACCUAUCAAAAUUCUCUAGGACUUUCUGAUAGGUAUACACUGUAGAGUUAUUGAAUGGACCACUUUUAUAUCUCAUGUCCUUGUUACUGUGAAUCUCCUUUUACCCAACGUUUGAAACUCUCCAAACUUGGUCCACUUCAAGGUACACAAACAUACGCAUAGUCGCGCAUAACAUUUUCUAUCAAUAAAAUCAACUUAGAGAUAAACUAGCGAAUUUAAACGAGUCGCUUUUCAGCAUGGAUGGAGAGGCCCCGGUGGCCCAAGAAUUCUCUAAAGAAUGGACUCAUCAUAGGCAACGCUGAUGGAUGUCUCCAUCGGACGAUUCAAAUUUUGAUAAAAUAGACCAUAACUCAAACUAAAUUUUAUUUACCAGAAAUAUGUGAAAACAGCUUUCUCUGUUUUU